AUGCUUGCCGGUGGCCAGGCCGCUUUGCAAAAGGUCCUGGAGCGAUGGCAGCAGAAAAAGGGAACUGCGGUGGAAUGGUUGACCAAAGAGCUAGGCUGCAAUGUGAAAUUUGCAACACAAGUUCAGGUGAACAUGGUGGAUAUGCACUUGGGCUCAAGAGUGCAGCUCAGAGUCAACCCACCGGCUUUCUGUUUUGAGCCUUCAACCCUCUGGGUCUCGACCCCUUCUCGAGUCGAACCGUGCCGAUGGUGGACUCGCCAAUCAGGUCUCAAGAUGGUGGACUUAAUCAAGUUCGAGGAGAGGAUGCCAAUGGGCAGCUUGGUGGUCAAGGAGCCCGUUGGCGUAGUUGGCUGCAUUACUCCAUGGAACUACCCUUUGAACCAGAUAGCUGCGAAGGUCUUCCCAGCAUUGCUAGUGGGCUGCACGGUGGUGCUGAAACCCAGUGAGGUGACUCCAGUGUGUGCUUACCUACUUGCAGAGGCAAUCCACGAGGCUGAGGUCCCCCCUGGCGUCUUCAACAUGAUUAUGGGUGAUGGGCCAAACUGUGGAGAGGUGCUCGCAGCGCAUGAAGAUGUAGACCUGGUGAGCUUUACAGGCUCCACACGAGCCGGACGACGGAUCUCCGAGGUGGCAGCGAAAACAUUGAAAGUGGUUCGAACAGAACUGGGCGGCAAGAGCGCUGCUUUGUUGCUGGAGGAUGCAGACUUCCAGGCUCUCAUCCCCAAGUUCGUGAAGUCGCUCAUGGCCAACACUGGGCAGUCCUGCAAUGCUUUGAGCCGCUUACUGGUUCCCAGGACUCGCUACGAGGAAGCUGUUGGCAUAGCGAAGAAGGUUGCAGAGGCAACGAUCGUCGGAGAAUCUGCCGAUUCCAAGGCCUCUAUCGGCCCAGUAGUGUCUCAAGCGCAAUGGGACCGAGUGCAGGGCUACAUCCAGACUGGAAUUAAGGAGGGUGCAAAACUUGUAGCUGGUGGUCCAGGGAGGCCAGAUGGCCUCUCUAAUGGAUUCUUUGUGAAGCCGACAGUCUUCGCAGAUGUGGAUAACAAGAUGACCAUCGCGCAGGAGGAAAUCUUUGGGCCAGUUCUGUCCAUCAUCCCCUACAGUUCGGAAGAGGACGGCCGAUAUCACGGAGAGGUUGAGAAGUUGAACGCAGACGGCUCGCGCUUCCAAGAUGAUCCUUUUGUGGCGCUGGUGCAUCGCCAAAUCCCUUGGUUGCGACAGCUCUAUGACUCGGAGGAUGGGCCUGGCGACUGCAAGCUAUUGGCCCUCAUUGACUGGGAGGAGAGGGUCGGGCAACGAAAAGGCAAAUCAUGCUCCGUGGUGUCGAGGCAUGAGCUCACACCGCGUGGCUUAGCAGCUCUGAAUACUGCAGGAAAUCUCUGUGCUUUGGCAGCAGCGGGAACUCAUGAUCACGCCUUAGUACGUGUGCUCUCUGGAGCUGCGGCCUCUUGUGUGGCCUCCUUCAACUUCUGCAUGCAGAAGCCGUUGAAGACUCACCAAAAAACUGCUGGAUGCUGGGGCAUGGCCUUCGCCAUUUUGCACUUUGCCAACUUGGCAUUGCUACUUCACGAACAAAACCAUGGCCUCCAUCUCACUGACGAAGAAGAGGACAUCUACGAGCAUGGCUUCCAAAGUCAUGGGGUGACUCCAAGACAGUUUGCCAAGCUUCUAAAGGCUGGUGCCAAAUUUCAGAAUUAUGCGCCUGGAGAACGAAUUGUCGCUGCAGGUGAUGCAGUCCAACGAGUCCUCUAUGUAACAGAGGGAACUUGUGUUGCUGAGCGAGCUGCUGGAGUUGUGAACAUAGAGUACCACCAGGAUGUGUUCAUCGGCACACUAUGGCCAAAGGCUUGGCGAUCUGAAUUCCUGGGCAUUCCAUUCACAAACGAACCCAACACGAAUGAGGACUGGGAGGACUCCUGGCUCAUCGAACAAGCCGAAGCUCGUGGCUUGCGAAACCGUGGCACCAGCGACGACUUGCAUGCCCUGUUGAGGUCCGGCCUUGAGGAGAAGACUGGGCCAUUGACCAACGUCAGAGCAGGUUCAGCUUGGGUGUCUGAUGUAGUAGCAGGGCCAGAAGGAUGCCGACUGUUGGAGUGGCCCCUGGGGGUCUUCAGCUGUGCUGUGGGAGCAGAUGAGAGCCUUUGCACAGCUUUUCAGCAUGUCGAGACCAUGGGACUGGCCAGCAAAAUCGUGAAGGGUGCAAGCAGAAAGGCGCUGGAAGGAUACAAGGAAAUUCUUCGUGCUACACUCUCUGACAACAUGAUCAGACCAGAGGAGAAGAUGGCCCUUGACCGAUACCGGGCUCGUCAUGGAAUUCCUGAUGGUGAGCAUUUACAGAUGCUGGAGGGCUUUGGUUGGAGCGCUGAAGAGUUUAGAUGCGGCAUGAAGACUGGAUUUUGGUCAUCAUUGCGACAGAAAUGGAUGGCAACCCACAAAUCCUGA